AUGAGUAUGACACAGAUUCCACCGACAGCGCCUUCAUCAAAACAGGAUGAAAGCACAACGCUGGUGGUAGAAAUACCAAAGCCAGAAUCGUGCUACGAACUCGAUCAACUGCUAUACCGGUAUCGUGCCAUAAUUGAGGAGCCUGAAUCAAAUAAGAACGAAAUAGAAUCCAUUGAACGCGUCUUCGCCAAUAUCUCAGAGGAACAAGAUCAUUUUUUGAAAAUGCUCCAACAACUAAGAAAAGACAUGUUGGAAGAGAUUGAAUACGACGACACCUUACUGAAGAAGCAGAUACUCGCUUUUCAGCUUUUGAGCAAAGACCUCGAUUUCCCAGACAGCCUACUAGAUCCCAAGACAGAAGAUCCAACAACCGAACAAGUUAGCACAGAGAAUCCCACAUUAAGGCCAAUAAGAAUAUCUCUUGAUUUCGAUAAUAACGCUAAAGAGUUUGGACUGGAGGAUAAAUUUUCUAACCUGGGAUUUUCCAAGGGCAGCGAGAACCUGGGCAAUUAUGGUGUUGAAACGUCCAUAUCUUCGAGAAUUGCUGGUCGUAUCAAAGAAUUAGAGACACUUCCAGCCAAUCUUGGUACUUAUUCAUUACAUGACAGUUUAGAAUUUAUUGCUAAAGACGAUGUGUCAUCUAGUAUCGAUGAUUUGAAGGUAAAAGCACUUAUUGAAUUGAAGGCUUUAAAACUCCUCACGAAACAAAAGUCUUUAAGACAAAAACUGAUCAUGAACGUCACAAGCCAAGCGCACCACAUUAUACCAUAUCUUCGCGAUUCACCUUUCACUAUGGCAGCACAACGAUCAGUCCAGGUUAGAAGCAAGGUGAUCGUUCCUCAAACGGCAAGACUUGCAGAAGAGCUUGAAAGACAGCAGCUUUUGGAAAAAAGAAAAAAAGAGCGAAACUUGCGUUUGCACAAAGUCAACGUAAUUAUCAAUCAUGUUCAGGAGCUUCAAUCCAACUUUACAAGUCAGCGUGAACGAGCUGCGCAAUUUGGAAAGAUUUGUCUAACAUUGCAUAACCAAAUUGAAAAGGAGGAGUCUAGAAGAAUGGAAAGGACAGCAAAACAACGUUUAGCUGCUUUGAAAUCUAACGAUGAAGAGGCCUACCUCAAGUUGCUAGAUCAAACAAAAGAUACCAGAAUUACGCAUCUGUUGAAACAGACUAAUUCGUUUCUGGAUUCCCUGGCGCAUGCCGUUAAAGUUCAACAGAAUGAGGCAAAACUGAGAAGAGGAGAAGAGAUUCAACCAUUCACGGACGAAGAAAGAGAAAAAAUUGAUUAUUAUGAAGUUGCCCAUAGAAUUAAAGAAAAGAUUGAAAAGCAACCCAAAAUGCUCGUGGGUGGGACACUUAAAGAGUAUCAAAUUAAGGGUCUGGAAUGGAUGGUGUCUCUGUAUAACAACCAUCUGAAUGGUAUUCUUGCCGACGAAAUGGGGCUAGGGAAAACUAUUCAGUCGAUUUCCUUGAUAACAUAUCUUUCAGAGGUCAAGAAGGAGCCUGGUCCUUUCCUGGUGAUAGUUCCUCUUUCUACUAUCACCAACUGGACAUUGGAAUUUGAAAAAUGGGCACCUUCCCUAACUACUGUGAUUUAUAAGGGUAAUCCAAAUCAAAGAAAAUCGAUGCAAUAUCAAGUUAGAACUGGAAACUUUCAGGUUCUAUUAACAACAUAUGAGUACAUUAUUAAGGACCGGUCAUUACUUUCGAAACAGGACUGGGCACACAUGAUAAUUGAUGAAGGUCAUAGAAUGAAGAAUGCCAAUUCUAAAUUGUCAUUUACCUUAACAAAAUACUAUCGCACAAGAAAUAGAUUAAUUUUGACAGGUACCCCCUUACAAAAUAAUCUCCCAGAACUUUGGGCAUUGUUGAAUUUCGUGCUUCCCAAGAUUUUUAAUUCUGCAAAGACUUUUGAUGAAUGGUUCAAUACCCCUUUUGCCAACACCGGUGGCCAGGAAAAAUUGGAACUUACUGAGGAAGAGACUUUAUUGGUUAUUAGAAGACUACAUAAAGUUUUGAGACCUUUCUUAUUGCGUCGUCUUAAGAAAGAAGUGGAAAAAGAUCUUCCGGAUAAGGUCGAAAAGGUCGUGAAAUGUAAACUUUCAGGACUCCAACAACAGUUAUAUGAACAAAUGCUAAAGCACAACGCACUGUUUGUGGGCGCAGGUACGGAAGGUGCUACAAAAGGUGGCAUCAAGGGUUUGAACAAUAAGAUCAUGCAGUUGAGAAAAAUUUGCAACCAUCCCUUCGUUUUUGAUGAAGUAGAAGGAAUAAUCAAUCCCAGCCGAGAGAAUUCUCCAUUACUAUAUCGUGUUGCAGGUAAGUUCGAACUUUUGGACCGUGUACUUCCUAAGUUCAAGGCAUCGGGUCAUAGAGUGUUGAUGUUUUUCCAGAUGACGCAGGUUAUGGAUAUCAUGGAAGAUUUUUUGCGAAUGAGAGAUUUGAAAUAUCUAAGGCUUGAUGGUGCAACUAAAACUGAAGAUCGUACAGGUAUGCUGAAGCUUUUCAACGCCCCCGAUUCCGAGUACUUCUGCUUCCUACUUUCAACCAGAGCAGGUGGCCUAGGUUUAAACCUUCAAACCGCGGAUACAGUUAUUAUUUUCGACACUGAUUGGAAUCCUCAUCAAGAUUUACAGGCACAAGAUAGAGCCCACAGAAUAGGUCAGAAGAAUGAAGUUAGAAUCUUAAGAUUGAUCACCACUGAUUCGGUGGAAGAGGUUAUUUUAGAAAGAGCUAUGCAGAAAUUGGACAUUGACGGUAAGGUAAUUCAAGCAGGUAAGUUUGAUAACAAGUCGACAGCGGAAGAGCAGGAGGCUUUUUUGAGGAGAUUGUUGGAGAAUGAAACCAGUAAAGAUGAUAAUGACGAGGCUGAACUAAAUGAUGAAGAACUUAAUGCAAUUUUAGCCCGUAGCGACGAAGAGCAAGUAUUGUUUAAUGAGAUGGAUAAAGAGAGGUAUGCCCAAGAGGCUCAGGAAGCCAAGGUUCUUGGUCUUCCAAAACCUCUCCCUCGUUUAAUUCAACAGGACGAGCUUCCCGAAGUGUUCACCGAAGAUAUUACUGAACAUCUCAAUACCGAGCCCGUUGCUGUGGGGAGGAUUAGAGAGAGAAAGAAGGUUUAUUAUGACGAUGGGUUAACCGAGGAGCAAUGGUUACAAGCUGUUGAUGACGACAAUGAUACCUUGGAGGAAGCUAUUUCGAGGAAAAGAGCAUCUCGGGAAAAACGGCAACGCAAGCGUGAACUCCAAGACGGGGAGCUCGACGAAAUCGAUACUCUUGAGAAUAGUCUUGAACCUUUGCCCGAUGAAGAAACCAUGUUACCAAACGGCAAGAGAACGAGAACUAAGAAAAAAGAUGAUAUAGUUGAUGAGGUGGGCGAAGCGACAGUCGCUGAAGUGAGCGAAGAGCCAGAACAAAAAAAACCCAAGUUGAAAGUCAAGUUCUCUUUAAAGAAAGAGGACAAGCCUACUCAAGCCUCUAAUGCUAAAACCAAGAGCAAACCUAAGAAAUCAACGCCCUGCAGUUUUCUGCCAAAUGUUGAGGAGCUCAUUAAUAAAAUGCGUCAAGUUCUGGAUCCUAAUGAUGAACACCCUCGUACUUCGAUCUUCGAAACUCUACCGUCCAAAAAACUCUACCCAGAUUACUAUACGUUGAUUCAAAAGCCCGUUGCGCUCGAAACCAUCUUGAAGAACUGCAAAAAAGGCUUAUACGAUUCAAUCCUCGACGUUAAGGAAGAUUUAAAAACGAUGUAUGAUAACGCUCGAUUCUACAACGAAGAAGGAUCUUGGGUAUAUAAUGAUGCGGAUGAACUUAAUGCGUUCACUGACGCUUGGUUUACAGAGAAUGUGUAG